AUCAUGUUUUACGUUAAUCUAUUAACUAUAAUAAAGUUCAUUUUAAUUAUAAUAUUAAUAAUUAAUAAUAAAUAUUUUAUAAACUGUGAGCCAGACAUCGGUACCGAUUGUUUCAGAGCUGCCGUUUAUGAACAUCCGAUUCAGGGAAACAAAUCAUUGGACAAACCACACGAUAUUAUUAAUAAAAACCUACUGGUCUUCAAACAAGUGGCCGCUAAAGCCAAACAAUAUGGUUCAAAUAUAUUGGUGUUUCCUGAAGACGGCAUCAUUGAUCCACCCUAUAAUCGCACCAUUUUGUCUACAGUUACUGAAAAAAUACCGGACCCCAAAACUAGUGUUUACAAUGCAUGUGAAAAUCCUGACACUUUGUUACCUAUAACUGUAGCCCUAAGCUGUAUGGCUAAAGACAAUGCAAUGUAUAUUGUGGCCGAUUAUGGCGAUCGGAUAGACUGUGAUGUAACCACCGAUAAACAAUGUCCUAAAGAUGGCUAYCAUCUAUAUAACACUGCUGUUGCCUUUGAUCCCAGUGGAGCACUGGUAGCCAAAUAUCAUAAAAAACAUUUAUUUAUUAUUGGUGAACCAAUGUACAACUACCCGUCCACAGAGUUUAGUUAUUUUGAUACACCAUUUGGAAGGAUAGGACUGUUUAUAUGCUUUGAUUCAUUGUUUGGCGAUCCCGGCACUGGACUCGUAGCCCGAUAUGGUGUAAAAACAAUAGCGUUUCCAACUUACUGGUUUGAUGAACUACCUUUUCGUACGGCCAAACAGAUUCAAGAGGGUUGGGCUAUCAACAAUCGGGUUAACUUUUUAGCUGCUAAUAUACUGGUACCGCAAACAGGUUCUAUAGGAAGUGGUAUAUAUUCGGGUAUUAACGGUCCCAUAAUAUUUAAUGAUAUAACUAACAAAAACGGACAGUUAUUGAUUGCRGACAUACCGGUUGAUAGUGAUAACACUAAUGCCUUGUGUUUGACUACCAAACCAUUUAACAAAACAAUAACAUUUCCUGAGACGAGAGUUAGUGAUGCUUACAAAUCKCCKGUUCCUAUGUCGACUACCGGCACCUCUUUAGUUCAGUUAAGAGCCCAAAACGAUACAUUAAAUGUCUGCAACAAAGGUCUGUGCUGUCAAUUGUCGUAUUCAUUGGUCAAUCCAUCACUAAAUGACGAGUCGUAUUGGUUUAUAGUAACCAAUCGGUCGGCAGAUGAGACACUUCUAGGAAUGUGUGAUGAAAUAUGUGGUCUUAUCAGUUGUACAGACAAUACCUGUACUACAUUUGCUACCAAAUCUGUUAAAACWAUAUUUAAAUCAAUUAAACUGAGCGCACAAUUCACGACUAACUAUACCUACCCGAGUGUUAUGACUAAUGAGUUGUCAUUAGUUCCGAAACAAUACUGGAGUUAUAAAAGUGAACGUAAAAUAGGAGCCGAAGUUAGCUUAACGGUCACUGAUUUCCCACAUCCUAUAAUAACUGUUAGUUUGUACGGCCGGUGCUUUGAUCGCGACCACUCGAUGCCCACUGACAACGAUAAUGUAUUGACACGGAAGUCAUAUUCUCGAAAUAUUAUUCAUAAAUUAAAGUUAUAAUAUAUUGAAACUAAUAUUUGUUUUCUUCUUUCUU